CAUAAUUGUUUAUUGAAAACAUUUUGUUUAUUUUGUAUUAGCAAGUCGUCAUCACAUCAGACUUGUCAAUGUUUAAAAGAGACGGUAGGUUAGGUUUAAAAGCAGAAAACAAAAGCCAACAAAUCAGACAAUCUACAAAAAGGUAAACUUAAUAUUUUGAGGAUACCGCCGAAGGGCGGAGGAGAAAACAAUCAUGACAUCUAUGCUGUGCCGAAAAGAGUCUGGUGGACAGGUUCAUGUCCAUGACAGCGGCUUCAUUGAGGGACUGGCUGUUGAUGAUCAUGAUAAAAUAAGAACACAGAAUGUGUCAAAACAAACUUCAGCAAGAAGAAGACUUCCCCGUCCCAACACUACACCUUCUCCAUCACGAAGUUUGUCAAGGAACAUGGAUACAAACAGCCUUAUAGGCCAGACAAUGAGGGUUCAGCAUUGGCUUAAUGAAAAGACAGUCAAAACUCUACAGGAUAUAUCUUCAACAAAUGAGGACUUUAAUAAUUCAAGACAGGAUAUGUUUUUGGUUGGACAUAAUUCAAAGUGUCAAAUCUCAUGCCUUGAACAAGAAAAGUCUGAUUUAGAGUCCAGGGCUGCAAGACAACUGUAUAGUCCCUUACUACAAACAGAAAGUACUUUUGUUAGGGAUGUGGACAAUUACAUCAACCAUCGUGAUGUGACAGAUUUAAGAAAGAAAGAGGUAUUGCAUAAGAACUGGAAUGAGAGGGUAUACAAACCAUUACGGAAGAAGAUUAUAGAGGCAAUGGACAGCAAUGAUUGGCCAGAAGUUGACCGCAGAAAACGCGAGCUUCAUAGACAAUAUCUCGAGUUCACAAAUGAAAAGGGACAUGUUUUUCUGGAUACAAUGGACCCGGAGGAAUAUUAUGCUAUGGCAUUAAAUGGACACAGACCAGCUCCAAUAAAGCGUUGCGCCAGAUGUGCCCACCAUAAACAAUUGGCCAAUCGUAGAGUACCUAAUGCUACAAUGUUGUACCCUGUGCCAUUACAUGAUAAACAUGAGAUCGAGACACGCCCACUUCACGAUCCAUUGAUUUCACAAGGUCGUCAGCGCAGCGAGGAAGAUCGUACAAUACUACGAUGUGUGACAGGGUACCGGUACUCAGACAAAGAUAUAGAGCAGGUUAAGAUGCCAGCUAUGCCACUUGUACCACUAGGUCGUCAUGGUACUGAUAGUAUAGCUUGGCUUAAGAUGCCCCUCAUUAACAUAGAGAGUUCACCUAGAAUGGCAAGCAGACGAAGAAUGAGUGGAAAAUUCAAUGAUACAAAAAUAGAUUUUGGCGAGUGGUCAAAAGCCCAAUAUAGUCAUGCAGAAGUUGACCGCGAACUACAAAUACAGAAAAAACGUAAUUACCCGGAGGAUCAACGACCACCGUUCCCUAAACCAGUUAUACAAAGAGUAACAUUAAAACCAGCACGAAAUGUUUCGUUCCAUGAACCACUUGUACAAGAACCACAAACACUCGCUGUUCAACCUAUGACACAAACAAUGCAACAAACUGAUAUGGGAGCAGAAACAUGAUAAAUAAACUUAAUUGUGCACCAAAGUUAGAAUAAUCUUAAAUUAUGACUUGUCUAAGUAAGCCUAACAAUUUUUUGUAUUAAAAUGCCUUCAAAUUGCUUAUCUGUAGUUUUAAAUGAGAAAUUAAAGCAUGAACUUAAUCAAAUGCUAUCAUUCUGGAAUUGACUGUAGCAUAAAAUAAUUAAGUUAAGCACCUUAGAAAUAUGCAAUGAAAUAAAUCUUAGAUGAGGUAAAAGUUUGUUAAUUUAUAAUUAAGCCAGAUUUAAUUUGAUUACACAGAAAUGACGUUAUUUUCACUCCUUGUUUUCACUUUUUAUAAUCCCUCUUUAUAAGCAAAGCUAAUUUUAAUUUUGUGUUUUUCAAACUGGAGCCUCUGUGAUAUACAAUGUCUGUGAUAUUGCACAAUUUAAGAAGGCAUUAACUUUGUUGUCAUCUUACAUUUGUUAUGGUAAAAUCACAAACUGUUUGUUUUGUAUAUAUACACUUCUUUUCGUUCUUUUUUUAAAAAAAUCUUUUCAAUAGUUAUUUGAAAUACAUGUAAUAAGAUCUUAUCAAUUGUUGUAAAAUAGCAUUUGACCAAAAAUGUAGCUAUAAAAUAGGAAGUCUUUUAUGAUAAAGAUUCCAUGUACAUAAGUGAUUGUUUUACCCCUUGUGUUUCCUACGUGAUGAUUUAGUAUCAUUAUUUACAAACAUGAGUACAGCUUCAGGAAAACUAAGUUUAAUGACAAUAUUUUAUGUCAGUUUCUAAAAAUGUAAAAAGUAAAAGCUGAAAAUGUGAGGACUCUAGCUUUAUCCAUUACUUUCAUAAAUACAGCAAUUCUAAGAACACGUUUAUUAUUUUUGAUGCAAUCAUUAAAACAUCAUACCACUCCUGACAUCACGUAAACUCUUCAAUUAAAUUAAGUUUGAUUACAAAUUAAUCGAGGAAAAUGUGUUCUAAAGUGUCAGGUAAAACUUUGCAUGUAAAUGUUUGUAUUUGCUUUGUUCUUAAAAGCAGCUAUGUUUUUUCAUGCAUUUUUUCAUGCAUUUAUAAAUUCCCAUAGAAAUUGUGAAAUAUUAUGAGACAAAAAACAUAAUGAUAAUUAAUUUUUUAAUCUUAGCAAAUUAUUUCAUUAAACAUGCAUGCAUAAAUAUAAAACAACCUUGACAAUUUACAUUUUUUUCAUUAUUUUAAAAAUUAUUACACAAUGUCAUUAUGCCCGGUUUUCCUGGAGUGGUAUUCAUAUUUCUUUGUGUAUAAAAGUUUAGCUUUAAUUAUUAUUACAUUGUAUGUCGCCUUAAAUUUGUACUAGUCAAACGAGUUUUGCCUCUUACAGUAAAAACCAUGAUACAUUGUACAUGUAGUUGAAAAUUAGAUAUUUUAUACCAACAGUUAUUCAAAAUGCCAAUUUAAUUAGUAGAAUCCACAUUAUUUCUACUGUACAUGUAGUUUUUCACACAAAUGUGUAAAGCUUUAUGACAUAUCUUAAGCAUGUUGUCAAAGGGUCUAAAGCUAGAUUGGACGAUCUGUAAUUGGCCAAAUAUUUGACUGAAAAAAUAAAGUAUCGGAAAAAAGUAUGGUAUAUGUAAACUGCAGCUCUACUUAAUGGCGUAUGUGUGUAAUCAUCACCAAACAUAUUUUUAAAAAAAGUUAAAUAUUUUGUUAGGGAACAUUUUAUUCUGUUUUGUUAUAUAAUUUAUUUGUGUCAGAUAACAGAGUCACUUUGUAUUAAAACUCUAUGAUAAAGACCAAAACGGCAAGAGAAAAAGGAAAAAGAGGUGACUAUUCUGUUUUUGAAAUUGUUUGUGUGUAUUUCACCUAUUAUUGCUUUACACCCUUAAAGAUUUUACUGGAAAUAUUAUAUAACAUGGGGAUGCUGGACCUACACAUUACAUGUAUGUUGACAUGUACAUAUUUCUGUUACUACUGUGUUUCAAUAUGACUAGCCUUCAUGUUCUAUAUAGACUUAUUUUUAAAUUAUAUUAGAUGAUUUAUUCUUAUAUAAGUGCCUGUUAUUAAUUGUUACACUUUUAUUGAAAUUAUUUUUAGACAUGCAAUGUGUGAAUAAAAAACUUUAAUUAAAAAAAAA